UCUUAUUGUCUUUUGACAUUGACCAGUUUGCCAAAUACGGUAACACUGUAUUAAAUUAUUUUAAUAAAUUAUUUUAUUAAAGUUCGCGCCAAUUGAACGCUUUUUGAUCCUAUCCACUGGACAUUUCAAGCUUUCAAAGCAAUUGGAGUCGACUUUAUGCCGGAUAUUAUCCGGGAAUCGGGUGUGCGUGCAUUAUUGGCCACCAGUUGUUGUUCACUUCGCAAUCCCAAGCUAUCCGAAUUUAUUGUUCAUCGCGCGCCCCUUGGAUUUAUGAAUAUUGAAGUGAUCGAUUCCGAUUUCGGUCCAUCAGGAUGUCACAGGAAAAUAUACCAGAUGAUGUGGCCGCAGCGACUGCUCAAUUCGCUAAAAUCGUAAUGGAUAUGUACAUUUGCAUUGAGGGCAAACAGCCUCCUGAAGUUCAUGAUCAUAUCCUAGCCCAUGUUUCUGAGUGCGUAGCCAACAAUUCUGGUGCCGUUUGGAAUAUGUCACCUCUGCUGGAACGCGAAUGUGUCCAAAAGGCAAUGAAACUGCUGUGCAUCAGGGAAAAAGUGGAUGGCCAGAAUAUAGCGGAACGAUAUUACGAGCUUUACAAGAAACUCUUGCAGGUUAAGAUUGAUCCCUAUACGAGGCAUUCCCUGAUGAGCUAUCUGCUAUCAGUCGUCGAUAAGCAAGCCGCUAACGAAGUUGAAGCUCCUUCGAACACCCGAUCAGAUAAUCUAAGUCAGGUACUAAGCAGUCGUGUAACGUCCGGCACGAGUCUUACUUGGACAAAUGGCUCUAGCCAUACCUAUACCAAUCAAAAUGGGAAUGGAGUAGGCAAAGGAGGAAGUUUUAGCUACGAUACCUCCCAGUCAGACAUCGGAUUGGGCCAACAACCAUUGCCAAACUAUCUAAGCAUCUUGGCAUCACAAAAGUUGCCUGAGGGCCGACAGGAUUUAGUGACAAAUGCCAUUUACUCCUUUACGGGCGUCCAAGGAAAAUAUCUGAAAAAGGACGUAGUCACAGGACGUUUUAAGCUUGAUCCGGCGAACAUAAAAAUAUUGACCACUGGACAGGCAAGCAUGUUACUUCGACUCUCAGAGCUUGGGUACUACCACGAUCGCGUGGUCAAGUUUUCUGAUGUGUCCACUGGUUUCAAUGCCAUGGGCUGCAUGGGUCAGGCGUUGAUUUCCAAGCUUAAAGAGGAGCUGACGGAUUUCCGGGGCCAGGUUGCUGUGCUUCACGAUAAUCUGAACCGUAACCGCCAACUCGGUGGUGACGCCGAACUGACGCUAUUUAGUCUGGUCGCCUGGUACUUGAAGCCACUGCAUCGGCUGCAGUGGCUCGCUAAGAUCGCCGAUGCAUGCCAGCUGAAGAAGGGCGGCGAAUUGGUAUCAACCGUUUACGAUUUCCUCGACAAUGGAAAUACGAUGGUAAAUACAGUGGUUAAAGACGUUCUAACUGCAAUUUGUGGCCCGCUGGUGCGGAUGAUCUCCAAAUGGAUGUUAGAGGGCGACAUUAACGAUCUACAUAGCGAGUUCUUUGUAGAAUCCCUCAAUGAUGUAGGUGUUGAUCGGCUCUGGCACGAUAAAUUUCGGCUACGUGUAGUCAUGCUGCCCAAGUUUGUUCCCAUGGAUCUGGCAGAUAAGAUUCUUAAGACGGGGAAAUGCAUCAACUUUCUGAGAGAAAUCUGCGAGAUGCAGGGACUGUCAAAGGGGCGCGAUGAGCUCAAGAAAGUAAUGGACAAUAAUGUUUCACAAUUCUUUUCGUAUGUGCCGGACACUAGUUGGCAUGCAGCUGUGGAAACAUGCUACCAGCAGACCUCGAAACAUGUUCUGGACAUUAUGGUGGGUCCCCACAAACUGUUGGAUCAUCUACAAGGAAUGCGCCGCUAUUUGCUACUGGGCCAGGGCGACUUUGUUAGCAUACUCAUUGAGAAUAUGAAAGACGAACUAGAGCGAACUGGUGCGGAUAUAUAUGCCAAUGAUCUCUCCUCCAUGUUGGAUGCCGCUUUGCGUUGCACAAAUGCCCAGUACGAAGAUCCUGAUAUUCUCAACCAUCUCGAUGUUAUGGUGCAGCGACCGUACAACGGAGAUAUUGGCUGGGACAUCAUUUCGCUGCAGUACAUCGUUGAGGGACCACUAGCCACCAUGCUGGAGCCCACCAUGCCCACGUACAAGUUGCUCUUCAAGCCACUGUGGCGUAUGAAGCACAUGGAGUUUGUACUCUCGAUGAAGAUAUGGAAGGAGCAGAUGGGCAAUGCAAAGGCCCUUCGACUCAUAUCCGCUGAGAUCGGUAAGGCCUCGCAUCGCCUAAACCUCUUCACGUCAGAGAUCAUGCACUUUAUCCACCAGAUGCAGUACUAUGUGUUGUUUGAGGUGAUUGAGUGCAAUUGGGUAGAGUUACAACGGAAGAUGCAGCAGGCGACAGCACUCGAUGACAUCCUGGAAGCCCAUCAAAAAUUCCUGCAAACAAUCAAGGUGGGCUGUUUUAUCAGCAACAAAACGGAUGCGGAACAUCCGUUGGAGACGGUGUACGAGAAUAUUAUCGAAUUGGAGAACUGGCAGUCGUCUUUCUACAAGGAUUGCUUCAAGGAGCUGGAUGCGCGCCAAGAGUUGGCCAAAGUGGUGGAAAACUCGGAGAAACAAGGUGUCUAUGGCCUGACCAAUGAGGUCAUCUUACAACGUGACCAGGAGAGCAAGAUAUUUGCCGAAAAGAUUGACAUCGCCUACCGUGGCCUGGAAGUGAUAGCAUCUGCCUACGAAAAGGCCGUAAGAAGUUUCCUAAUGGCCCUCAACUCAAGUCACGAUCCGAAUCUUCAGCUCUUUGGCACGCGGUUGGACUUUAACGAGUACUACAAGAAGAGAGACAUCAGUCUAAGCAAGCCGCUGACAUUUGAGCACAUGCGAAUGAGCAAUGUUUAUUGCUUAAACAAUAGCCGGUUUGUGGUCCAUGCGCCGACCACAAAGGAAUAGCGUCCAUUGUCCUUACAAUCACGUCAUCCCAGUGCCAAUAUCCGAAUCAUACGAUUUUGAGAUAUAUAUACCAUUGAAGUUAAGCAAACAAAAGCAAUUCAGAAAACUAAUCCAACUAUUAACUAAGCUAUUUUGAAUCGAAAAGAAUCUGCACCUGCAUGUAUAUCUCAAGCAUUUCCGUCAAUCGGUCGGCUGCAAGCCAUCAACUUAAGAUAUCUCAAAUAUUUAUCUCUCAUAUCCGACAUUUUUUUUGAGUAGUUGUAAUCGAAAGUAUUAAAUGGAGAUUCAUUUUUCGGAUGGCGCACACUGUUCUAUUAAAAUACCAUAAAUUUUACAUCGAAGCUUAGUUAAAACGCGUUUCCCUAAGUGAGUUUGUCAAUUACCUAAUGGUAAUUAAAAGUAAACAUAAGAAAGUGUUAAGUAUUUUAAAUGGAGAAGGAAGAGAGCGUUUUAAAAUGUUAAUGUUUUGAACAGUUUUAAACCGUAAUGCAAGCUUGAAAUAAACGCUUAAUUGCAUUAAAA